GCUUCGUUUUCAGCAAAGUGUCACCACUACUAUUCAGCUCGCACUAGCUUAGCCCCAACACCUAACACACUUGAUAAUAAGCGGUCCUCGUCCUGCUCCAACAACGCCACACAGCCCCAUCACCCAUUUGAUAAGAAUUAAUUCCACAGCUCCUGCAUCGUCUACAAUGGCUGCUGCCAAUACCACAGGGAACGGGGGCACGCCGGUGGGUCUGCUGGUGCUGAUGGUGGUGGCAUUGGCGGCAGCGUUGUUCGCGCGCGCCGUCCGUCCUCCGCCGCCGACGCCGUGCGGGGCGCCUGGAGGGCCGCCGGUGACGGCGCCGAGGGUGCGGACGCGGGACGGGCGGUUCCUGGCGUACGCGGAGUCCGGCGUGAGCCGGGACAGCGCGCGGUUCAAGAUCGUGUACUCGCACGGCUUCUCCGGCAGCCGCAUGGACUCGCCCCGCGCCUCGCAGGCGCUGCUGGAGGAGCUGGGCGUGUACAUGGUGGCGUUCGACCGCGCCGGGUACGGCGAGAGCCACCCCGACCCGCGCCGGUCGCUGCGGAGCGCCGCGCUGGACGUCGAGGACCUCGCCGACGCGCUUGACCUCGGCGACAAGUUCCACCUCAUUUGCUCCUCCCUCGGCUGCCACGCGGCGUGGGCAUCUUUCAAGUACAUCCCACACAGGCUGGCCGGAGUGGCCAUGAUGGCGCCGGUGAUAAACUACCGGUGGUCGGGGCUGCCGAGGGGGCUGGCACGGCAGCUGUACCGGCGGCAGCCGCUGGGCGACCAGUGGUCGCUCCGCGUCGCCUACUACGCGCCCUGGCUGCUGCACUGGUGGAUGAGCCAGCCAUGGCUGCCCACCUCCACCGUUGUCAGCGGCUCCGGCUCCUUCCCCAACGCCCUCGACGAGAAGAACCGCCUCAUGGCCCUCUCCACCGGAAUGUUCCAAAAGAGGGCGAAGGCAGCUACACAGCAGGGGGUGCAGGAGUCGUUCUACCGCGACAUGACGGUGAUGUUUGGGCGCUGGCCGGAGUUCGAGCCGACAGACCUUGGCAAUGAGGCGCCGCCGUUUCCGGUGCAUCUGUUCCAGGGCGAUGAGGACGGCGUCGUGCCGGUGCAGCUGCAGCGGCACAUAUGCAGCCGGCUUGGCUGGAUCACCUACCACGAACUCGCCGAGGUGGGGCACUUCCUGUCGGCGGUGCCGGGUCUCGGUGACAGGAUCGUCAGCACGCUCCUGCCAGGCCCGGCCGGCAACUGUUCAACCGCCACCGGUGGUGUCUGUGCGUCUUGAAACCAAGGACGACUGAUCCUCUGUAGGUAGACAACUGUAGUAGAAGGCAAUGCUGAAGAAAAAAUGAAUACAUCUCUUUCAUGUGAGCUCAGCUGAACCACUACAGUACUGUAGAAAAAACCUGAAGGGAUUAUGAAAUAUCAAUAUAUAUCAUCAGAGGGUAAUUUGAUGUCAUUUUACAUGAA